UCCGUGGAAAGAAAGUGGAAAGUGAGAAAAUACCUUGAAUGAACAAUCCGGAAUAAUAAGUGAGUAGCAUUUUUUUUUUUCUCUUCUGUGGAAAAAUGUGUUGAGACGUCGCUGCUCCUGGUGGUGGUGGUGUUGGUGGUGGGGGGUUACGUGUGCAUGUGCGCCGCGUUAACGCGGACGGAGAGGAGGAUUUGGUGCGCCGCCGGAGAUCUCCGGUUUCCCCCAAACAAUAGUCGAGAGGACGCGAUGGUCGCUUUUUUUUUUUUUUUUUUUUUUUGUGAAACCGCAGGGAAGUUUAGGACCCUCAUCGGCCCCUAUUGUUGCUCUCACGGAGGCCACGUAGCUCUGUGGACCGAUCCUGAAAACGCGUGAGGAAGCGCGUCCGUGCCUCCGUGAAGCAGGAGAUAAAAAGGAAACAGGGAGAGAGAGAGAUGCGCCUGGAAGGAAGAAUACGCGCGUCCAGUUUGAUUGUAGGCCGAAGGUUUUGAAUUGCCCCCUUUCGCUGAAGGAUCUGAGAGCGUCCAUUCAUUUACAAGUGAAGGCGUCGGGAAAAGGAGAAGGGGUCGAAAAAAGAAGGGAUCAGUUUGGAUAAUUUUUGGCAUCAGGACGCGGCCGGUGGGGCCUGGGAGUCUCCCAUUGUCCUGCAUUUCUACAACACCCUCCUUUUUUUUUUUUUUUUUUUUUCAUUUUGUAGGUCGCACAAGUCUUUAUAGUCGCCCUAAAUGAUCCGGCUCCUCGCAGUCUCAACCUCCACAGCUCCCCCUGGCGGUCACUCUCCUACCCGUCAUCCUCUCCCACCCCUCUCCUCCUCCUCCUCCUCCUCCUCCUCCUCUCUGUAGCCUCCCCUCCCGCUCUCCCGUCCCCUCCCGCGUCCUCCUCCUCCCCCCCUUCUCCUGCCCCCCUCCCCAUCGGCCUCCAAGAUAGAUUCCCUCAGGAGUAAGGUUGACCUGCUCAAGCUGCCCCUGGCUCUCUCCACCAAGUCCAUCUCCGAGCGCAAGAGCCAGCUGGGAGGAGUCGGCGAGCACCGCGGCACGGGAGGAGGAGGAGGAGGAGGAGGAGGAGGCGGGGCUCGUAAAGCCCGCUCACCGCCGGCCCGAGACAUGGACAACGAGUCGCAGUACUCGGGCUACUCGUACAAGUCGUCCCACUCCAGGAGCUCCCGCAAGCACAGGGACAGGAGGGACCGUCACCGCUCCAAGAGCCGAGACAGCAGCAGUCGCGCCGACAAAUCUGUCACCAUCCAAACUCCCGGGGAGCCGCUCCUCGACGCAGAGUCGACCCGCGGAGACGAAAGGGACGACAACUGGGGAGAAACCACCACGGUCGUCACCGGCACCUCAGAGCACAGCAUCUCCAAUGAGGACCUGACCCGCGUCACCAAAGAUUUGGAGGAGUCGACUCCUCUCGAGUGCAAGCGCUUCGUCGGCCCGGCGCUGGGAGGCUGCCUCAGCUUCUUCGCGCUGCUCACGCCGCUCGCCUUCCUCAUCCUCCCGCAGGUCCUGUGGCGGGACGCCCUGGAGCCCUGCGGGACGCCCUGCGAGGGCCUCUACGUCUCCCUGGCCUUCAAGCUCCUGGUCCUGCUCAUCUCGUCCUGGGCGCUGUUCCUGCGGCCGCCCCGCGCCACCCUCCCGCGCUUCUUCGUCUUCCGCUGCCUGCUGAUGGUGCUGGUGUUCCUGUUCGUGGCGUCGUACUGGCUGUUCUACGGCGUGCGCGUGCUGGAGCCCCGGGAGAGGGACUACAGGGGGAUCGUGGAGUACGCCGCCUCGCUGGUGGACGCCCUGCUCUUCAUCCAGUACCUGGCCCUGGUCCUGCUGGAGGUCCGGCACCUGCAGCCGGCCUUCUGCCUCAAGGUGGUGAGGAGCACGGACGGAGCCAGCAAGUUCUACAACGUGGGCCACCUCAGUAUCCAGCGAGCAGCCGUCUGGGUGUUGGACCGUUAUUACAGCGACUUCUCCGUCUACAACCCGGCUCUGCUCAACCUGCCCAAGUCCAUCCUGUCCAAGAAGAUGACCGGCUUCAAGGUUUACUCUCUGGACGAAAACCCAACCAAUAACUCCACAGGACAGUCGCGGGCCAUGAUCGCAGCCGCCGCCAGGAGGCGAGACAACUCCCACAACGAGUUUUACUACGAGGAGGCCGAGAUGGACCGUCGGAUCCGCAAACGCAAGGCCAGGUUGGUCGUGGCGGUGGAGGAGGCCUUCACGCACAUCAAGCGUCUCCACGAGGACGAGGUGGCCUCGUCUCCCAAGCACCCCAGAGAGGUGAUGGACCCCCGGGAGGCGGCUCAGGCCAUCUUCGCCCCGAUGGCCCGGGCCAUGCAGAAGUACCUGAGGACCACGCGGCAGCAGGCCUUCCACAGCAUGGAGAGCAUCCUCACGCACCUGCAGUUCUGCAUCACGCACAACAUGACGCCCAAGGCUUUCCUGGAGCGUUACCUGGGCCCCGGCCCCACCAUGCAGUACCAGCAGCAGAACGGCAGGGGGCGCCAGUGGACCCUGGUGAGCGAGGAGCCCGUGACCUCGGCCCUGCGUCAGGGCCUCGUCUUCUCCCUGCGGCGCCUGGAUUUCUCCCUGGUCGUCACGGUGACGCCGCUCCCCUUCCUGCGGCUCGGGGAGGAGUUCAUCGACCCCAAGAGCCACAAGUUCGUCAUGCGGCUGCAGUCGGAGACGUCGGUGUGAGCGCGCUCCGUGUAAGGUCAGGGAGGGCGGGGCGGGGGCGCCGCGCCCAGGUCCAUUUGGUCGGCUAUCGUCGUCCGGUCGUUUCGCUCCCACGCCUGUCUGCGAAAAAAAGAAACCACUCGAGGACUGUUUCUUCACCACCGCAGAUGCUCUGAUAUCAAACUGUGAUCAGCUGAUGAUUGUCCAAACCCUGGAAACAAACGGAUGCCUUGACCUUUAAUCUUUCGGUGCACGUUGUAAAAAUCCUUUUCAAACUAAAGGGGGACUCCAUUUUUUCUUUUUUUUCUUUGUUUUGCCUCUUCCUCUUUUGCCGUGACCACUGAACUACUCAUCUGUGCUGAUUCAACUCAUGAACACCAGGAGGAGGAGGGGGGGGGGGGGGGGGGGGGGGGGGGGGGUUGCGUCAUACCAGUCACUUCCUCUUUGUCAUGUCUUAAGACUGAAGGACUGAGUCCUGCUUUUUAUACUUACAGAAUGUAGCAUCAUGUGCCAGUGAGCUAACGCGUCGCUUCUCUGCUGCCUUGAGGGCCGAACCUCUUUUUUUUUUUGUUUGUUUGUUUGUUUUAAAAAAUGACUUAAGAAAUAUGGAAGUACAUUCCUAGUUUGUCUGAAUAUGCAGCUUCUCCUCAUCCCACUCUGGCAUUUUCAUUGAUCUAUUGAUGUCACAUCUUGAACAGGGAAACUUGAACAUUUUCACCUGGUAUUAAUGAUCUCAUUCCUUUUUUGUCAAAAGAAAAAGACACGUACGUUGUUUCAUUUAGCUCCGAUGCUAACCCCAGACCCGUGGAGCUUUGUAGUUUGCAGCACAUCACUGAAAGAUGAGGAAAUGACACAUUUAGUAAGAUCUAUUUACAGCUUAUGGCUGCUAGUUUCAAAUGAUGAAAUCAAUAUUUCUGUCGGUCCAGUUUAUUUUUACGGUAAAGAAAGAAAAGAGGAAAAAAACGUACCCGAGAGUACGUUUGCUCACUGGUGUGCUGCUUUUAAUAGCUUUCAUGUGAAAAAACUUUGGCGUCACAGACCUUUUUUUUUAAAUAAUCAGAGCUUGUCGAAAUGAAAUGAAAACUAAAGAGCGCUGCAGCCUUUUAAUGUUUAACACGGUACAGUCGGUACCGUUUGCCUAAUUUUUUAUUAUUAUUUAAAUGCGGGAAAACGUGUCACGACGUCACGCAGGUCUGCAAAACACCGCCUGUGGCUUGACUCUUGGCUCGUCAUCGGCCUCAUUUCAUGGCUUCAGUUUCCAUGGGGGACGGAGGGAGGGAGGCCCACACGCCACCUCUGAGCAACACCAUCCGCGGAGGAGGAUGAAGAACGUGUUAGACCUCAUGUGUGAGCAGAGGUGAGCUUUCAGAGGGUCACAUGAUAAAAACCAAACACCCCUCUGUUCAGAGACCACAUGUCAGAGACCAGCCUGGAAACCACGCAGCUCCAAAAUGUUUCUAUACGAAGCUCUGUGGCAGAGCCUUUUUUUUAAAUUUAAAACAUUAUUUAUUUCCCAACAUGAUACCAGGUGUAAAAUGACAUUUUCUAGCAGUGACGUGUGUCGGUAUUUUGGUUCAAUGCCCAUCCGCAAAAAUCGCAAACCGGACAUGUGAUUGUAACAGAGCUCAUCGCCACCGUCGCCUUGCAACCGCGAGAAAAGCCGCCCGCCCCUCGGCCUUAACCCUCAGCCUCAGGCUCCGCCCCCCCACAGCCUUCGUCCGUGGAGCCGAACCAACAACACGACUGUUUCUGACAAAUAUCCCAAAAGCCGGGUCCAACCCUUUUUUUUUUGUUUUUGUUUUUUCUUAAAAUGCAUGCAUAAAGUAACUUUGGGCUCCAAGACUUUAUUUUUUUUUUUAAUAUAAGAACUUAUUUUCUAUCGUUUCUACGGUGCCUAAGUUAUGACGAUGCAAAUUUUUCCCGAAUGUUUUUACUUUUGCAAAGAAGUGGCUUGUAAAAAAACAAAAAACAAAACAAAACAAAAAAAAAACUUUUGUAGAUUUGUGUUUGUACUUUCUUCUUCCCUUUGGUAUCUGUAGCUUGUAUAGUGUGCUAGGCGUUUUCCAUUAUUAAACCAUUUAUUCCUUA